AUGGCAACUUCAACGUCUAGCCUCGUGCUCAUCCUGGGUCUUUUGGGUCUCUGCGGAGCCUUUGAUAUUCAACAUUACACUGGUGGAUCCUUGUCCCUCUACAAUGCCACAACGGUGCCAACCAAUCUGGUCUCUGUCAUCGAGUCGGAGAUAAAUGGAAACUGGUCAAGGAGCUACAUCGUCCUCAGUUGGGCAGAUGAAGCCCAGACGCACGAGUUAAGGGAAGCCAUUUACUCUGCUCUUUGGGAGCAGCUGUGGCAGUUGAAGCACUUGGACAAUCCCUCAGAUAUUCUAAAUUUGUACGACGAGCUAUCCAGGCGAUCCGAUGUGCCGUUAAAGGACCAAACCAGGAAAUGGGAGCUCCAUGAUAAUAUACUCAGCGCUCUAUGGAAAAACACUCAGCGAAACGAUACAGCAAAGGUCUUGAAUCUUUACUAUCAGCUGUCUGGACGUAAUAUUCCUUCCAGUUGGUGGCUGUUACUCAACCAGACCAUCAUUGGCCGCUGUGCUCUGCUUUUUGAGGCUCAAUUGUACUCAGUCAAUCCCAACACGACUUUUCCUUUGCUAAACUUGAACUUGAUUCCGUCUAAUUAUCUAAAGGACAUACUACAAGCACUGUUCGACGCUGUUCUGGUCCUGGAAACCCCCUUGAGCGUGGCGAAACGGCUUGAAAACUUCAGCAGCAACUUGAACCUGCUGACCCAGGCUAAUCUCGAACUAUAUGAAAGGGCAUCUGCCACUGGAAAAGCAGAUCUUCUGACUCUACAGGCCCUGCAGAGUAACCUCAGAAGUUUACUGGAGAAGCCCGGUUUCGAAAGGGAUGUAGAUGGCUCGCUGAGAGGAGAGGUCUAUGCUCGCCUCUCCAAGGAGGAGCAACUGCUGUACACAGCCCAGAAGGUGUGCAUCCGAAAUGUGACAAAUGGUAAUCUCUACAUGCACGAGUGCCCGAGAACCUUGCUUAUGUGCAACAAUGACUGGAGAAGCGUCAAGGCUCCGUUUUCUGUGCAACGUCUCCUCACCAACGACAGCCGACCGCAAUUUGCCUUUUACAGUGAUUACUGGAAACGUUACCUUUCCCAUGAUGAGCAUAUUCCUAAACCAACCAAUGCCAGUGCUGUCAAGAACAUUUACAGCCGGGUGUUGUUUACCUGGUGGCGAGUGGUGUACGGUAAUGGUGGUAUCUCCCUGUUGGAUGCAGCUACAGAGAAGUCCGUUAUGUGUGCCGGAGAUCCCUCUCAAACUGUUGGAGUUGAGCGUCAAGUCUACUCCCGGAACGUUACCGAGUUCAAAAAGUAUCAGAGAGAGUGCACCUGGGCUCUGGAGGAUUGCAGCUAUGUUUAA